GAAAAUGAUAACAAGAAAAUGAACACAAUAAAAACAGCAGGCAUCAAUAGUUAAUUAGCUGGUUGUUUUAAUGUCAAGUUGGGUAUCGAGGAAAGUAGCUAUAUGUUGGAUUUUAGAAUAAUCACAAGUCAAGCCACUUAUGGUUCAGUAUAAGAAGCAAGGAAAAUUUUGUGAUCAUAAAAUUAGAAGCAGAUUGUAACUGAAGAAAUUUGUAAAGGAAAAAGCAGUGACAAAUGGAUUUCAACCCAAGUACUAAUAAGGGUACACGCACUUAAGGUCUUAACCACACGACGAACCAGGCUUUUCCUUUUUAUGAUGAGGUUCAGAGUGGAAGUAAACUGAUCAAAAAUUGCUGUAAGCUUCAACUUUAUUUCCAUUCAUAGCUAAUUUUCUUAUUAACUCUUUCAUUUCAAUGGAAAACAAGAAGAUGAUGAAGAAAACAACAUAUGAGCAAUCCAUGCUACUUGGCUGUAAGCUCUACAUAUCUGAAUCAAGAAACCUGGCUGCCCUUGACUCAAUCGAACGAGCAGCAGCACUGCACCAGGAGAUCGUGAUAAUGGACAAAUUUGAAGAUCGUGUGUAUAAUUGUGUUCGGUAUACUCUUGUGUCGUAUGUGAUUCAUGACAGUAGCACAGACAGUCCAAUCUAUAGCCCAUUGCAACAAACUGUCCUUGCUAUGGUUGAGGCUGCCUACCAAGCCAUAAACCUAGAACAUCACUGGGGAGCGCACCCUACGCUCGGUGUUGUCGAUGAUAUCUGUUUUCAUCCCCUUGGCCGAGAAAAGUUGGAAGAAGCAGCUUGGCUUGCUAAAUUGGUAGCAAGAGAUAUAAGCAACCAACUCCAAGUGCCAGUAUUUCUGUAUGAAGCAGCACACCCAACAGGCAAAACCCUCGACGCCAUCCGUCGUGAUCUAGGGUAUUUCCGUCCGAAUUACAUGGGAAGCCAAUGGGCAGGAUGGGCAUUGCCAGAAGUUCUCAACGAGAAUCCCGAUGAGGGUCCAACGCUAGUACCUCGAUCUAGAGGUAUUGUAAUUAUUGGUGCAAGUCCAUGGGUUCGAACAUUCAAUGUACCGAUCAUGUCUACGGAUGUAUCAAUCACACGAAGAAUUGCUCGAAAAGUGAGUGCUCGGGGUGGUGGGCUUCCUACUGUCCAAGCUAUUGGUCUUGUUCAUGGCGAGGAUUCGACUGAGAUAGCGUGCUACCUCUUGGAACCAAACAGGGUCGGAGCUGAUCAUGUGCAGAACCAAAUUGGUCUUCUUGCUGCUGAGGAAGGAUUGGAUGUUGAUAAGGGCUAUUUUACUGAUUAUUCACCAGAAAUGAUUCUUGAGAAGUAUAAGAAAUUAGUAUCUACAAAUCAAUAAUUAAGAAUAAAACUCUUAAGUACUUAACCUCAAACUCGGUAACCAUCCCUGAAAAUUAUGUAAAUUCUUAAAAUAAAUAAAGAAUGUCAUGUUUGUGCAUAUCA